GAUGAAGCGAACCAGAGUAAAACUCAACUCACAGUUGACGGUGCCGAUCAGAGUAUACUUUUCCUCCACUGACGGUAGUUGUGUGGGCAGCCUUGUGCAUCCGUGAACUGAAUUCCGCGAGUGUUAUAUCCCGUGGAGUUUGUGAACCCGAGGAGUUGCGUACGUGUGUAUUUGUGUGUUUAGUGCGUUCCUUUUUAGUAGACGCAUUGUGUUUUUUUCGAAAAGUGCCCGCUCUCACUUCCAGGAUUAAAAAGGAGUUUGGUGUGAAACGGAACCUGUACAUUGUGCGUGUGUGUGAAAGAAAAUUCACCCCAGCGCCGUCGUCGAACCGUAAAGUCGCCGGAAAAGCGUAUCAGCACCUCACUUUUUCGUAUUCACCGCUCAGAGAGAGAAAGAGAUAACGACAGAGCAUUACAAUGGCUUCCGGAGUAACUGUAUCGGAUGUGUGCAAGACCACUUAUGAAGAAAUAAAGAAAGAUAAGAAGCAUCGCUACGUGAUUUUCUACAUUCGCGACGAGAAACAGAUCGAUGUCGAGGUGAUCGGUGACCGUAAUGCGGAAUACGACAGCUUCCUGGAGGACAUACAGAAAGGUGGUCCAGGCGAAUGCCGAUAUGGACUGUUUGAUUUCGAGUAUAUGCACCAGUGUCAGGGAACGUCAGAGAGUUCGAAGAAGCAGAAGCUUUUCCUGAUGUCCUGGUGCCCAGAUACUGCCAAGGUUAAGAAGAAGAUGUUGUACUCGAGCUCGUUCGAUGCGCUGAAGAAGUCGCUUGUCGGCGUCCAGAAAUACAUUCAGGCCACUGACCUUUCCGAGGCAUCUCGGGAAGCGGUCGAGGAGAAGCUGCGCGCCACUGAUCGUCAGUAAGGAACAAAAAAAAACAAAACAAGUACUACUUAAGGAGCACGCACACAACAAAAGAACAGGAAAUCAUUACAACAACAUACACCACAACCAUAUACAUCAAAAUCUUCAAGAGUGAGUACUGCGAAAGCGGAGCGAAAGCGCGAGAUGGAGUGGCAAUGAGAUACAGAGAUAACAAGCAAGGAUUAAAAUAAAAGGGAAACAACCGAAAUCGGCAGGAAAAAAAAACAAACAAGGAAACUUUUCAUUUAUACAUGCAUGCAUACACCCCGUCGUAACCUCUAACAAUAUCCAACUACAAAGAAUAACAACUACUAUUAAUAACUACUAUCGGGAAGACUAUUCUGCUAUAAGAGGGAUAUAUACUAAUAACCAUCAUUAGUUAUGGAAAGAUGCGCAAGUGUGUAAGCGAAAGAACGACAAACGCGCGUGUGUGUAAUGCUUUUUGAGCGUGGUACACAUCAUCAUCAUCGGUGGUAAAGAACAUCGGAACCGAGAAAGUUUAGUUGGAGCUGCGAGCGCGCGCGCCUGUUUGGUGGCGCUGGGCAAUAUGAAUCGAUCGAGAUAUUUGCCGCCGCGACGAGGAGUAAUCUGUAGUCAAAUCACAACACACACACACACACACACAACACGACAAAGCAGAAGUAGGUAGAGAGGUGGACGCGAAGUGAGACAGGAAGAGUGAAGGGGAAUGGGUGAAUGAUCGGACGAAUAAUGCGUCAAAAGAAAUAAAGUAAGUGAAGAUAAAAAAAG